AUGCACUGUUGGCUGACCUGCAGAACACCAUCUCACCUAGUGGGUCGGGGUACGGUUCGCUUAACGGCUCACACCACCCCCGCACCGAGUACGUCAACAGUCGCACCACACACACACCCACCAGCACCAGACCUCUCUCGCCCACUUACCAGAACGAGGCGGCGGUGACGAGCAGCAGCAAGAUGACCACCUCCCUCAACAACAACUUGUCGGAACUCGACACUCUGCUGCAGGACCUGAGCAACUCGAGAUAUUCAGAACGCAGAGUGAUGGACAUGAAUGGAGGAGGCCUCGGAGUCGGUCGACCCUCAGUAGACAGUCUGCUGGACGAGCUCAACACUGCCGUUCCUCCACAAACAAAAACACCUCAAGACACAAAGAAAGAUGCGGAUCACUAUGUGCAAGAAGUGUUCAUCAAGGAGACAACCACAACCACCAGCCAGCGGCCCACUGCCUCGUCCGCCACAAAAGAAUUGGACGACCUCAUGGCUUCCCUUUCUGACUUCAAGGUGUCAAAUCCACCCAGCUUCUCACAGACCACCACCACCCGGGUGACCGAGUCUGCGUACGCCAAGCCGUCGCGCAGCAAGCAGAAGCAAGCAGCGCAGUUGGAUUGUAUGCUAGGGAGUCUCCAGGCAGACAUGAGCAGACAAGGAGUGAACACCACACAGAAGGGCUGCUGCAGCGCCUGCGACAAGCCGAUCGUCGGACAGGUCAUCACCGCACUCGGCAAGACCUGGCACCCGGAGCAUUUCACUUGCACUCACUGCACUCAGGAGUUGGGCACUCGCAACUUCUUUGAGCGUGAUGGCCACCCGUACUGCGAGCUGGAUUAUCACAACUUGUUCUCCCCACGGUGCGCCUACUGCAACGGGCCCAUCCUCGAUAAAUGUGUGACAGCUCUGGAGAAGACUUGGCACACAGAGCACUUCUUCUGCGCCCAGUGUGGCAAACAGUUUGGCGAGGAGGGCUUCCACGAGCGUGAGGGUAAGCCAUACUGCCGUGAUGACUACUUUGACAUGUUCGCACCCAAGUGCGGCGGCUGCAACCGGCCGAUCAUGGAGAACUACGUGUCAGCCCUCAGCGCGCAGUGGCACGCUGACUGCUUUGUCUGCCGGGAUUGUAAGAAGCCCGUCACCGGCAAGAGCUUCUACGCCAUGGAGGGCAAGCCCGUUUGCCCCAAGUGUGUUGGCGUCGAUGAAGACGACGAAGACUGAAUAUGUGUAUUGUUGUUGUACUCUACCCCCACCCCACCCCGAGAUAUCGCCACCAAAAUGCUUCACCCUCUGUCAUUUAUUGUUAAAUAUUUCUAUUAUUUGUAUUAUUGUUUAUAGAAAAAUAAAUAUUUUUACUGUUUGAGUAAA